CCGUGACGACAAAAUCCUUUGUCCGGCCAUUUAAGACAAUAUUAACCGUACGGUGCUGCAUCAAAACCGCACCCCCUUGACUCAAAUUUCUGUCGGUUCCCUCUACUGCUCGACACAGUUCGAAUAUUUAUCAGUAGAACGACGCAUCGCUGCCAAUUGGCGAAUUCACAAUGGCAUCCAAGUUUUUAAGAGAGUACAAGCUGGUUGUAGUCGGCGGAGGAGGCGUAGGCAAAUCUUGCCUGACCAUUCAAUUGAUACAGAGCCAUUUCGUCGACGAAUAUGAUCCUACCAUCGAAGAUUCCUACCGCAAGCAGUGCGUUAUCGAUGACGAAGUCGCUCUACUCGAUGUGCUUGAUACAGCCGGCCAGGAGGAAUACUCGGCUAUGAGGGAGCAGUACAUGCGCACUGGCGAAGGAUUCCUUCUAGUCUACUCGAUCACGUCCGAUCAAAGUUUUGAGGAGAUCCGCACUUUUCAACAACAGAUUCUAAGAGUCAAAGACAAGGAUCCUACAGACUAUUUCCCGAUGGUCGUGGUGGGCAACAAAUGCGAUCUAGAGAGCGAGCGCGAGGUGCCCCGACAAGAUGGUGAGGCUCUCGCGAAGCAAUUCGGAUGUCCUUUUGUUGAGACCUCCGCUAAGUCUCGAACAAAUGUCGACAAGGCAUUUUUCGAUCUCGUUCGAGAAAUCCGCAACUACAACCGUAACAUGCAAGGCCUGUCGACGAGCAGUGGCGGUAACGGUGGUUUGAAUGGCCCGGGUACUAAGAUGGAAGUAAGCGAGGGAGAAGCCGAAGCUGGUUGCUGCUCUAAGUGCAUAGUCCUAUGAGGUGGUUGAAGAUGGCGCGAAAGUAAUCGGUUCAUUG